UCCCCGCCGCUCCUCAGAUUCGCAGAUUUUACCAGCUUGUCGCCAGCCGGCCGGGUGAUCGCGCGCGCGGGCAGGCAGCCAUGGGAAAGAAGCACGCCACAGGUGGUGGUGGCGGCGGCGGCGGCGGCUGGUUCGCCGCCGUCAGGAAGGUGUUCCGGCCGUCGUCGUCGUACUCCUCCUCUGCCACCUCCUCCAAAGACAAGGACAAGAACUCCGUGCAGCACGGAAAACAGGACGGUGCCGGCGAAGAGGAGGCUGUGACCGGCGGAGGAGGCGAGGAGCCGGAGGUGCUGCUGCUGGAGCACUUCCCGGCGUCCGAGACGUCGGCGGAGGCGAGCAACGAGGGCGGCGAUGGCGGGGAGCUGCAGGUGGCGCCGGUGCGGCGGAAGGACGGCCGGGAGGCGGCUGAUGAUGAGGACGACGAGGAGGCCGACGACAUGGAGCGCGCUCGGGCGCUGGCCGCCGCUGCCGAGGCCGCCGUGGCCGCGGCGGAGGCGGCGGCCAGGGUGGUCCGGUUGGCAGCGCUCCGGCGCCUGUCCCGGGAGGAGCGCGCGGCCGUGCGCAUCCAGGCCUACUACCGCGGGUACCUGGCCCGUCGAGCCCUGCGCGCGCUGCGCGGCCUAGUGCGGCUGCAGGCGCUGGUGCGCGGCCACCAGGUGCGGCGGCAGGUCCACCUCACCAUGCGCUGCAUGCAGGCCCUCGUCCGCGCCCAGGCCCGCGUCCGGGCGCGCCGCCUCACCGACCUCCCGCUCCUCCUCCUCCCGCCGCCGACCCCUCCAGCCACGGCCAGCCGCCCCUCCCUGUCCCUGCCGGGAGCAGCACGCCAUCACCACCACCCGUGCCUCGACCUGGCGUCGGUGGGCGGCGGUGACCACGACGCCAGCGACGACGGCGAGGUGGCAGCGGACCUGCUGCUUCUGCAGCAGCGGAGCAGGAGCAGGGGCAGGCUCGGCCGCGGCGACGACGUCAACGGCGGCGGAGGGAGGAGCCCUUCUUCCGCCGGCGGCUGGGACGGGAGCAGCCGCACCCUGGAGGACGCCAGGGCCGAGGGCGCCCGCCGCCACGACGCCGCCGCGCGCCGGGAACGGGCGCUUGCCUACGCCUACGCGUACCAGCAGCGGCAGUGGCAGCGGCAGGAGGACGAGAAGGCCGGCCUGGGCUUCCACUGGCUCGAGCGCUGGAUGGCCGCCACGCAGCGGCAGCCGGACGCGCCGGACCACGCAAUGACGACGCACCAGGGCGCCGCCACCAGGACGACGGCGUCCUACGCCUACGUGACGGCGGCCAGUGCUUUCUCCGGCGGCGUGCCGGAGAAGACGGCGGAGGUGGACACGUCGCUCCGGAGCCAGCUCAACCAGGCCGCGCACGGGCGGCGGCCGCCGGCGAUCCCGGGCUACAUGGCCGCGACGAGGUCGGCACGCGCCAAGGCGCGACCCGCGCCGCCGAUGCCGACCACGCCGACGCACGGCAGGAGCCGCUCCGGCGGCGGGCUCGCCGGGGACACGUCGAGUUCGGGCCAGAACGGCAGCGCACUCGCCGGAUACAGCCCGGACUCGAGCUGCACGGGGGACUGGACGCCGCCGCGGCUCGGCGUCAGCACGCGCCCGAGCAGGGUGGCCUAUACUUGAGCUCGACUUGAGCCUGGCCUUCAAGACAAAACCCAUUGCGUCGUCAUGAGUCUUUGGGACGUGUUCGCGACUCAUUUUUGAAUGUUUUUGUUGUUCGCGACGUAUGUAACUACUAUGUAUAGCUUGAUGUGUUUGCGCCGGUGCCUCGUGCCUCUGUAAACGCCUGAGCCUGAAUACUUGGCUAAAGGAUUGCGAACAAAAACUCGAGAAUUCUAAAUGAGUGGUUAUUAUGGAUGAAUUGAGAUCGAAGCUUUUGUUUA